AUGGGUCGCAAGCGUAAAUUUUCAUCAGAGGAUGAAUAUCGUUUAGAAAAAAGUCGCCGUGAUCGUGAAAGAUACAUCAAGAAAGUAGUUCAGUAUAAAAGAAGCCAAAUUGCAGAAACACAGACUGCUAUUCCUGAAACAACUGAGCACAACCUUUUUGAUGUUCCUAUUCAUGAUGAUUUGCCGCCUAAACACACAGUCGGCUUUUGUUCGCCUAUAAAUGAUGAUUCAGUUUCACAGAGCCUCUUUCAUCCAGCUUCAUCGCAUGUUCAUGUACAUCAAUUUCCUCUUCCUUCUCAUUCAGCCUCAUCAUCUACCAUCAAGGAAAGAUUUGAUAUAGCAACAUCCUCAAGAGUUAGAGCGGGUAAUCAUCGACGUCCAAGAAAUAUACCGCUCAUACAGCAGAUACAAUCAGAGCCAAGUAUAUUGCCAUCUGUUCCAGAUUGUAUUCACUGCCAUGCUAAGCGAUUUUACAUGGAGCCACCUCGAUUUUGCUGUGCUUCUGGAGAAAUCAGAUUAGCACCAACUAAAAUGGCUGAUAAAUUAGUACAGCUUUAUAAAGCAAACACUCCUGAAUCAAAAGAGUUUAGACAAUGCAUUAGGAGUUAUAACAACAUGUUUGCUUUUACAUCUUUGGGGGUCCAUUACAAUAAAGAACUCAGCAAGAGGAAUCAUGGCAUUUAUACGUUUAGAGUACAAGGACAAAUAUACCAUUUUAUUAACUCAUUAGUCCCUUCUGAAGAUGAAAAGGCAUCGAACUUGCAACUUUAUUUUUAUGAUACAGAACAUGAAUUAGCAAAUAGAAUGGCUAUCUCAAGCAAAUUCAGGGAGUCUAUUGUAGAACAGCUUAGGUCAAUACUCCAUGAAAAUCCGUAUUCUGCUUUUAUUCGAAGCUUAGCAGAACUUCAGGAUUUAGACAGAUAUCGGAUAUUUCUAAAAUCUGACCCAGGCUUCGACCAACGUGUCUACAACGCACCUACAGUAUCUCAAGUUGCAGCCAUUUGGUCUGAAAGUGAUCUGAAUGACACUCAGACUUCGAAAAACAUCGAAAUUUCGACAAAAACAGGCAGUAAGAAAAUAGUUAAGCAAUACUAUGGAUGUUAUGAUGCAUUGCAGUACCCUCUUAUAUAUGCUCGAGGCGAAACGGGUUGGCAUCCAGGAAUUCUACGAAAAACCAAAGCUGAUAUAUUGGACCGACCUAAUCAGACUUGCAGUGAAGAAAAUUUACUGCCUCUUCAUCAAUCUACUAAUAUCGAUCAAAUUAUCGAUGCAGAAGAGAAAGCUGUCAAGCAAAAAAAAAAACGCAGGCCAACUGUUUCAUGCCGAGAAUACUAUGCAUACAAGUUUCAAAUUAGGAAUGGGGAUCAGUCGAACCUUCUGCAUAUUAGUCGUCUUCUGCAACAAUACUCUGUUGACACUUAUGUCAAACUGGAGACUUCAAGAUUGGAAUUCUACAGAAGCAGACAAAACAAAUUAAGAACAGAAGCAUAUCAAGGAUUGUUAGCCACUACUGCAAAUGGUGAAACAAAUGGCGCAAAUGUUGGCAAACGCAUCAUUUUGCCAGCAAGCUUUAUAGGUGGCCCAAGAGAUAUGCAUCGCAGGUACAUGGAUGCAAUGGAAUUGGUGCAACGCUACGGAAAACCUGAUAUUUUCCUUACUAUCACCUGCAAUCCAUCGUGGCCCGAAAUCAAACAGCAUUUGGGGGAAAAUGAUGAAACUCAGAAUAGACCUGACUUGAUUGCUCGCGUCUUCCGUGCAAAAAUAGAACAGUUGAAGGAAGACCUAUUGAAAAAGCAUAUUUUUGGACAAGUAGCAGCAUAUACAUACGUGAUUGAGUUUCAAAAACGAGGUCUGCCACACGCUCACUUUUUGAUCAUCCUUAAAGACAAGUGGAAAAUGCACUCUCCAGAAGAAUAUGACCGAAUUGUCUCUGCAGAGUUGCCAGACAGAAUCAGAUCACCAUAUAUAUUCUCUCUUGUUGUAAAGCAUAUGCUUCAUGGUCCGUGCGGCUCUUUGAACCCAAAGAGCCCUUGUAUGCGACAAAAUAAAAAAUGCAAAAACAACUAUCCAAAAGAUUUUUGUGACUUCACCAAGCAUGGAAAAAGCUCAUAUCCAUUGUAUAGAAGGCGUGAUGAUGGAAACAGUGUCAUGAUCAGAGAUCAUCAGUUAGACAAUCGUUGGAUUAUCCAUUAUAAUGCAUAUCUUUUAGCAAAAUAUGAUUGCCACAUCAACGUUGAAGUUUGUUCUGCUAUCGAAGCUUCUGCUCGAUGGAUCUGUGCUCCAGAAGCUAUGUGGAGAAUCUUCGCUUUCGAUCUCAGUGUUAUUAAUCCAGCUGUUAUUGUUCUCCAUUUACAUCUACAAGAUUAUCAACCAGUCUCCUUCCAUGAAGACAGACCAUUGCAAGAUGUGAUUGAAGAUGAAAGACUUCAACGAACAAUGCUUACAGAAUUCUUUGCUAUGAAUCGAACAAAUAAGCAAGCUGAAGAUCUCAAUUUAUUAUAUAAGGAAUUUCCUCAAUAUUUUGUCUGGGAUGAAGAUAAUAGAAUCUGUGUCCGCUUACUUGGUGGGAGUGUGAGGGAGCCGCUUGGGAGUGAUGACGGAGGAUAUGGUGCAGGUGCCAUCAAGUGCCUCCCAUGCUUUUCAGAUAAAGUGCUGAUCCUGGAAGAUGUCAGGCAGGUUCACAUCAUCAGACUGCGGCCGAGGUGGAUGUGCCGAGGUCACCUACACGGUGGACUAGGGAUGAAGCCGGGCUCUGGGGUUGUGCUCAAGACAGGGAUGGGCUCCGAUGAGGGACGAGGUGACUUCACCUCGGACACGCGGGGUGGCCGAGGUGAGCACCCUCAAAGACCAAAAUCCUUUACUGACCUCAAAACAGUAAAUGGAUUCAUUGCUUGUUCAUUCAAAAGAGCUGCAGAAAUUCAAGGAUUAUUACAGAUUGACAAUGGAACGGAGCAAUGUCUAUCAGAAGCUGCCCUAUACAAGAUGCCAUAA